GAUUUUAGCAAAGAGCAACAUUAAAAUUUGGAGACUUCGUCACAGUUUGUUUUCCUGAAUAUUUUGUUGUUUCAUUACUGGAUUUUUUUGGGUGACAUUUCCUCUUAAUUGUUGUUUUAUAGAAUGGGGAUUGACACUGGACUCAACACUUCAAAUGACGACAUACCUUAUGGAGGAAAAAGUGCCUUUUCCCAACUGGAGCACAACAUAGUGGCUGGAUAUCUUAUUACUGCAGGCAUCAUCAGUCUAUUGAGUAACAUUGUCGUUCUUCUAAUGUUCGUAAAGUUUAAGGAGCUCCGGACUGCUACCAAUUUUAUCAUCAUCAACUUGGCUUUUACUGACAUUGGAGUGGCUGGCAUUGGUUACCCUAUGUCAGCUGCUUCCGACAUCCACGGAAACUGGAAAUUUGGCUACACUGGUUGCCAGAUUUAUGCAGCUCUCAACAUCUUCUUUGGCAUGGCUAGCAUUGGUCUGUUGACUGUGGUGGCCAUAGACCGAUACCUCACAAUUUGCAGGCCUGACAUAGGGCAGAAAAUGACGGCGCGUUCAUACAAUCUCCUUAUUCUGGCAGCAUGGCUUAACGCUUUAUUCUGGUCCACUAUGCCUAUAGUGGGCUGGGCUGGCUAUGCCCCAGACCCAACCGGAGCCACAUGCACCAUUAACUGGCGGCAGAAUGAUGCAUCCUUUAUUUCUUACACGAUGACAGUGAUUGUUGUCAACUUUGUCGUCCCUCUCUCCGUCAUGUUUUACUGCUACUACAACGUGUCUGUCACAGCGAACAGAUACAAAGCAAGCAACUGCCUAGAUAACGUUAAUAUUGACUGGUCGGAUCAGAUGGAUGUCACAAAGAUGUCCAUUGUGAUGAUCAUAAUGUUUUUAGUGGCCUGGUCUCCAUACUCCAUGGUGUGUCUCUGGGCAUCUUUUGGUGACCCCAAAACAAUUCCUGCACCCAUGGCUAUCAUCGCCCCUCUCUUUGCGAAGUCCUCCACCUUUUACAACCCCUGCAUUUAUGUAAUUGCUAACAAAAAAUUCCGAAGAGCCAUCAUAGGGAUGAUCCGGUGUCAAACCAGACAACGAAUCACCAUCAAUACUCAGGUUCCUCUGACAACUUCUCAACAACCUCUGGCUCAGUGAGAUGACUGCUUCAGUGUCACGCCGCAGAAGUGCAAUUCAGGGCAUGAAUACAUAUACAGUAUAAGGCAUAGAAUAAAUCACUAUCAGUGUUUCUUUUAAAUCAUUGAGCACAUUUAAUCAGUUAUUUAUUCCAAUGAACAAUUGUGUAAGUUUAGCAUUCUCCAACUGACUUUCAAUAUUUUCAAGUCAACGUUGCCCCUCUCAUGUACAGUAGCCAAGUAACUAAGUAAGGCCACACCUCUCAGUGAGCUAUCAACACCAAUGCAAACUCAAAACUAUGAAAACACACAAAAUUAUUGGAACUGAACCCAUGCUGACGUGUGAACCACCACACCAUGAGUGUCAUUCGGCAACUUGGAUAAUAUGCAUUUUCAUCACUUUAUUUUACCAGAAGAGUACUCGUGCACAGUAUUUCUUUGAACAAUAUGUUAGACAUUAAAUCAAUGAUACCUGACUAUACAUAUAGUUAAAUUAUGACGGAUUUGAAUACUACACCACUUGGAAAUUAAUGGACUUUACUGCGGCAAUUUAAAUACAUUUCAGUACAUUUAUAAUGUACUGUAUAGUUUCAGAGGCUAUUUUUAAACAGAAGACCUUUAUUGUUCUUAACUUUGUUAAAAAUGGGUCAAAAAAAAUUUGGCUUCCACAGUAAUGUACUGUAAAUGUAUGUGUGGACUUUCACUUGUG